AGUUACACCAGUCGCGCUCGUGAGACCUUCCCUUUGGACAGCGCGAGAACAUUAUUGCUUUGCAUCUUGUUGUCGUUCCUCCAUGUCGUUCAAUUCGACUGCUCCAGCUGCAGGCUACGUUGCAGCUUUCGUCGAUGCAACGCAGCAGUAUGUCGCUGCCUCGCCCGGAAGAGCAAUUUUGCUUGCAAUCUUGUAUACGCCCGUCCUCACCAUCGUGCUACAUGUCCUCAGGCAGCUGAUUGUCCCCCAAGAUCCUUCACUACCUCCAGAAGUAUUCCACUGGAUCCCUAUAAUGGGGUCUUCCAUCACGUACGGCAAUGACCCACUCAAUUUUUUCUUCAAGUGCAGGGAAAAGUACGGGGACGUCUUCACAUUCACUCUGCUUGGACGCAAGGUUACCGUCGCACUCGGUGCUAAAGGCAACAACUUUAUCUUGGGUGGAAAAUCGACUGCAUUCUCGGCAGAAGACGCUUAUACGCACCUUACGACCCCCGUCUUCGGCAAAGACGUCGUAUACGAUGUCCCCAACGAAGUUUUCAUGGAGCAAAAGAAAUUCGUUAAAGUCGGCCUCUCAACUGAGAACUUCCGGGCGUACAUGAGCAUGUUCGAACAAGAAGUGGAUGACUUCAUGCGUAACGACCAAGCAUUCAUCAUCUGGCAAAUGAACGAUAUCAAUGAAUGGGGACGGUUCGAUGUCACGGAUAUCAUGGCCCAGAUUACUAUUUUGACCGCCAGCCGGACUCUGCAAGGCAAGGAGGUCAGGAGUGGUUUGGACAAAUCAUUCUCGGCGCUCUACAACGACCUGGAUGGAGGCUUCACCCCGCUGAAUUUCAUGUUCCCUAACUUGCCUCUGGAAUCUUACCGCCGUCGGGACGAAGCGCACAAGAAGAUGAGCGAGUACUAUACUGACAUCAUCCGCAAACGCAGAGAAACAGGUCAUACUGAGGAACCCGACAUGAUCUCGGCCUUAAUGGAUCAAAAUUACCGUGAUGGCAGGCCUCUUCGUGACCACGAAAUCGCGCACAUCAUGAUUGCCCUUCUCAUGGCAGGACAACACACUAGCUCCGCCACUGGUUCAUGGACGCUCCUUCACCUUGCUCACAACGUCGAAGUCCAGGAAGCCCUUUACCAGGAGCAAGUCGAGCACUUCGGCAACCCCGAUGGUACUUUCCGCCCAAUGACCUAUGAGGCCUUCCGCAAGCUUCCAGUUCUUGAUUCGGUCAUUCGUGAGACGCUCCGCAUGCACCCACCAAUUCACAGCAUCAUGCGCUACGUCCGUUCUGAUGUCCCGGUUCCUGCUACUCUUGCUGCACCCUCCAAAGAUGGCGUUUAUGUCGUUCCUAAAGGCCACUACGUACUUGCUUCUGCUGCCGUUAGCCAGGUUGACCCUCGUAUUUGGGCUAACCCCACGAAGUGGGACCCAACGCGGUGGAGUGACCCUGAGGGUGUCGCUGCGCAGGCGUUCAAGACGUACGCCGACGAGAACGGCGAGAAGAUCGACUAUGGUUUCGGUGCCGUAAGCAAGGGAACUGAGAGCCCUUACCAACCUUUCGGUGCUGGUCGGCAUAGAUGCAUUGGCGAGCAGUUCGCAUAUUUGCAACUUGGAACUGUGAUCGCCACCAUCAUCCGCAAAGUCGAGGUACAGCUAGAGGAUGGCGUCACUAAGAUGCCAGCACACAACUACCAUACCAUGAUCACGAUGCCUAAGAAGCCUCGCAAUAUUUGCUACAGACGCAGGAGAUUUGAUUAGAGGACGCUUCUCCUCGAUAUUUAUACCAUACAUCUACCGUACUUGGAUGUUCGUUCACUUGCAUAGAAUAUAUACCACCUCUAAAUGCUGGACUCCAAGACAAAGACCAAGUAUCGACGACUUGGGUUAACGAUGAACUUGAACCACUUGAUCAAAGUAAC